AUGAUUGCUGAUGGAACUGCCUUUAGUGCCUUUCUUAAAGCUUGGGCUGCCACCACUCUUAAAGUUUCUGAAGCUGUAAUAUGUCCUAAUUUUAAUGCCCCAGCAAUUUUCAUACAAAACGAAGCAUACCCCAUGGAAGCAACUCUAAUGGCUUUGACCAUGCCUCUUCUCAGAUCCGGUAGGUGUACUGGAAGGAGAAUCGUGUUUGAUGCGUCAGUCAUUGCCUCACUUAAGGCUAAAGCAACUAGCUCAAGCAUCCCAACCCCGACAAGAGUUGAGGUAGUCUCAUCACUCCUAGUAAAAUGCAUCAUGGCUGCCUUCAAGGCUAAAUCUGGUAUCGAGAAGGCAACCUUUUAUACGCAUGCAGUGAAUUUGCGUCGAACAGCAGCCCCACCAUUCCCAGAAUCAUCUAUGGGAAACUUUAUUUGGGUAGCAGGCGUGUUAUGCACGGAUGAUGAGAAGAUGGAGUUGGCUUACAUGGAGGGGAAGCUCAGAGAAGCAAAAACGAAAAUCGAUGCUGACUUUGUGAAAGAUCUGCAAGGUGAUGGAGGGUUUACAAAGCUUUACGAGCAUGUAAAUGCAUUGGGAGGGACACUGUCAAGUGCAGCAAGCCAUCGUGGAAUGGAUUACGUUAGUUUUACAAGUUGGUGUAACUUUGGUCUCUACGAUAUUGAUUUUGGAUGGGGAAAGCCGAUGUGGGUAAGUUGCAUUGACUCAAGUGAUGAGAGGGAGCAGGUGUUUCCAAAUACGAUAAUGCUGAUGGACACAAGAUGUGGCGGUGGAAUAGAAGCAUGGGUGUGGUUGGACAAAGAAGAUAUAGCCGUGUUAGAACAAGAUAAGGAACUCCUUGCUUUCGCUUCCUUGGAUCCUAGUCCCAUAAAGAUCAUCUAA